AAGGAAUUCUAUAACCCAAGUAUUAUAAGUACAACAGAACUUGGUAAAGCUUUUGAACCCUGCCUCUUUUCCCAAUGAGCGAGAGAGUGAGAUAGUGCCAUCUAAGGCAACCAAACUCUAUCUCCUUCAGCUCACUUGCUGCUGCUGCUGCAGAGAUACAGAGAGCGCAUUUCCGCCGAUUAACCAUGCCUGGUCCAGUUGUUGACGAGCUUGAGAUCCAAAACACACUUGAGAGUGAAGAGCCAAUAGUGGAGGACGUCAAGGAAGAAGACGACCACGGUGUUGAAGCUGCUGAUUCCGACGACGACGACAAGGAAGAAGAAGGCACUCCAGUAGAGAAGAUGAGUACCAAGAUGAUCUCCACCGGAAUUCCUUUCGCGAAAUUGCCAGAAAGUUAUAUUCGUCCUGAAUUUGACCGACCCAAUUCCUCCGUAGUAUCGGAUUGUGAAAAUGUACCUGUUAUUGAUUUGGGCUGCGGGGAUAGAGAGCUUAUCAUUCGACAAAUUGGAGAUGCUUGUCAAGAAUACGGGUUUUUCCAAGUGGUUAAUCACGGAGUGGAAAAGGAAAUAGUGGAGAAAAUGCAAAUAGUGGCAAGAGAAUUUUUUAGUUUGCCCGUGGAAGAGAAAAUGAAGUUGUAUUCGGAUGAUCCGUCCAAAACAAUGAGAUUGUCAACAAGUUUCAACGUGAAUAAGGAAACAAUUCACAACUGGAGAGACUAUCUAAGACUUCAUUGUUAUCCUCUGGACAAAUACUCGCCCGAGUGGCCAUCUAAUCCUUCUUCAUUCAGGGAAAUUGUGACCAAUUACUGUAAAGAAGUACGAGAAUUAGGAAUGAGACUGGAGGAAGUCAUCUCGGAGAGCUUGGGGCUUGAGAAAGAAUACAUAAAGAGAGUUCUGGGAGAGCAAGGUCAGCACAUGGCCAUAAACUAUUACCCGGAGUGCCCGGAACCGGACCUAACCUAUGGAUUGCCGGGCCACACGGAUCCGAACGCACUAACCAUUCUCCUCCAGGACCUCAAUGUCUCUGGCCUUCAAGUCCUCAAGCAGGGCCGCUGGUUAGCUGUCAAACCCCACCCUGAUGCCUUUGUCAUUAAUAUUGGCGACCAAUUUCAGGCACUGAGUAAUGGAAAAUACCAGAGUGUGUUUCACCGGGCCGUUGUCAAUGCCGACAAACCAAGGCUAUCUGUCGCCUCUUUCCUCUGCCCGUAUGAUUGCGCGGUAAUAAGUGCUCCCAAGAAUCUGAUACAAGAAGGAUCAGCCAGUAUUUACAGGAGCUAUACUUAUGCAGAAUACUAUAAAAGUUUUUGGAGUAGGAAUCUUGAUGAUGACCAUUGUUUGGAAUUUUUCAAGAAUUAGUUCACUCAUUCCUUGCCUUACUAUAAGCUUGGUAAUAGCUACAUAUUUCUUCUGACGAAUAAUAAGAGAUUGAUGCCUCGAAUAAGAGGCUUAUAUUCCAGUUUCAACAAAAA